AUGAUAUUUGAUUCGUGGCAAGAAAUAGAUGUCUAUUUCAAUGCUUAUGAGAAGCAGCAAGGCUUUGGGGUGGUACGUGGCCAAAGUGCAUACAAGCACUUUAAAGAUGGAAGUAAGAUAAAACGGGAAGUGACAUGGAAAUGCGACUAUGCUGGUAAACCUGACACUCGAAGGAAGGUCGGUGGUAAAAGAAUUUCUAGGGAGUUGGAAGGAGAACCUGUUGCCACUAAAAAAUGUGGUUGCGGGGCCAUGGUGUAUAGUAGCUUCACUUCUAAUGGGAAAUGGGAGCUGAGGAAAGUGUGCUUAAGUCAUAGCCAUCUGUUUUCCCCAUCAAAGUCAAUGUUGGUGACAAAGUAUAGGUUAGAAGAGUUGAAGAAGGUACCGUAUUUAGAACUCCAUAGGUGGUUGGCUAGUCAGCGGAAUGGAUAUGAAAAUGUUGCUUUCACCACAAAGGAUUUGAAUAACUUGGCUGCGAAGGAGAAGAAAUUGAAAUUUAAGGAUGGAGAUGCGAAUGCCAUGAUGAAUUACUUUAAAAUGAUACAGAAGAACAAUAAGAACUUUUACCAUGUACAUCGGUUGGAUGAUAAUGGAGUUCUUCAGGAUGUGUUGUGGGUAGAUGCACGCAGUAGGGCUGCGUAUGAGGAUUUCGGUGAUGUUGUUUGUUUUGACACCACUUUCCUUAUGAAUAAGUAUGACUUGCCCUUUGCAAAUGUUGUUGGUGUUAACCAUCACGGGCAAACCAUAUUGCUUGGAUGCGCAUUAAUCUCCCACGAGGACACUGAAACCUUUAAGUGGGUGUUUUCGACAUGGCUUGAUGAUGUUGGAGGGGACCCUCCUACGACUAUAUUGACUGACCAAGAUCCGACGAUGCGCAAAGCAUUGAAAGUUGUGAUGCCACAAACCAGACGCAGAUGA